AUGGCGGCCCAGUCACAGCAACCUCCGCUGCAUCAUGACGGUUUCAGUACUCGGGGCGUUGCACCUGCGGGUCAGCUGGCCGGUGCGCCGCUUCCACCGCCACAGGGCUUAGAGGUGUCCGCCGUGGCGACUGGUGUACAGGCGGCAGACAUGAGAUCUCACUUGCUGGGCAUCUCAACGGCGGGUCCAGGAGCGAGGGUGCGUGCGGCGGAGUUUGGAGAGGGAGAAUCGGAGCGUACUGCAUGCACGGGUGCACGGGCGCGGAGCUCCAAGUGGACUGGAGUGCGUUUCGACUCAGUGAGCGGUAAGUGGCACGCAGCCAUUGGACUGGAGAAGGGUAGGUCAUACUCUACGCCGUUGGGAGCGUAUGACACAGAGGUGGACGCUGCUGAGGCUUAUGCUGCUGCUGCACUGGUCUUGCGUAAGGGCUGGGGACCCCCACGCGGCUACGUCAUGGAACUAAAGAUCGAGGACCGUGCGAUUCUCGAUAGUAUGACUCAUGAUGAAGGGACCGAGCUUCUGACGGCCAAAGCGUGGCACAAGUGGCGCUCUUGGCGCCGUGAGCUGUACCCGUCUGCCUUCCUUGCAGAGACCGCCGGCGGUCGCCCCCAACCCUUGUCUGCAGAGCAUGCUGCCGCAGAAGAACGUGCAAGGGUGCAGGGACGGGCUGAGGCCGCCAUUGGAGUGGCAGGAGGAAAUGCCGGCGCGCGGCAGUCAACUGACACUCCAGCAGUGCGUGAGGUGGCUGCAGCGGAGGGAGUGAUUGCAUCACUUACAGCACCAGGCAACAAGUAG